AUGCGGUGUCCAUACGCUAUUUUCACUGCUUGUUCACAGUCAUAUGCAUUCGAUGAAAGGCGUUUCACUGUUCCAAACUCAGAAGAAGAAGCGAUAAAAAUAGGACGAGCAGUUGGACGGUGGAAGCCUAGCUCAGAAAAUACUAUUUUUGAUUGCAAGGUAUUGUCCAGAAAUCAUGCUAUUUUGUGGCAUGAGGAAGGUUGUUUUUUUCUCAAAGAUACAAAAAGUAGCAAUGGCACUUUUGUCAAUAAUGUCAGAUUAUCGAAAAGUGCAGAAGAAAGCUCACCGCGACAAAUUUAUUCAGGCGACAUAUUGCAGUUCGGCAUAGAAAUUGUAGAAACCGCCAAUAAAAUUACUCAUGGUUGUAUUAUGACAAUGAUACGCCUUUUUGAUGCAAAUGGCCACGAAGCUUGUCCACCUGAUACUUCAGAAAUCGGUGGUUAUUUGAAAACAGAAGAUAGUGAUUCCAUAAUGUAUCCCAUGGUGGAUUCUCACCAGUUGUUCCAGUUACAGCAUUAUAUACGUGAGGCAAUGUAUCGAGAACAUGCACUAGAACAAAAACUUGCUACAUUAGGAAAUAUUCUCUCCGAAACAAAAGAAUCAGCGGAUUUAAGUUGGCAGGCAUUGAUCAGUGAAGAUCAAUUAUUAUCACGAAUUGAAAUGUUAGAGGGGCAGCUUGCUUUGUAUUCUAAAAAUGCCUUCAGUGAAAAAGUGAAGGAACAGAUGAAUGAAUUAUUGGAGGAUAAAAACAAAUUUGAAUUAAUUGCAAAAGAAUCGUUACGCAGAGCUCAAGAAGAACGAUGUGAAGCUUUGCAAAGGCUGGUUGAUGUUGAAAAGAGCUUACUUAAUGCUGAAGAAGAAUCCGCAGUUCUUAAGAAGCGAGUUGUUGAACUUGAAACUAAGCUUACUGUAGCGGUAGAUGCUAAUAAUUCUCUCAAGCAACACGUGUCACAAUUAGAAGAACAAUUGAAGACGGCUAAUUCUAGUUCUUGUUCUCAAGGAAGCAAGAAUGUACCGGACGUCUCGACCAAAGAACAAAUUACAACGGUACAUAACGAAAUGACAGAUGCACAGUUCCAAAAUUUGUCACAAGGGGGAAAUCGUUAUACCAUGUUAUACUUAUGUGACCGGAAAAGUGUAGCAUUUGGAAUAAAUAUGGCGCAUUAUGAAUCCGAUGGAGAUUUCGCUGCUUUGUUGUUAUGCGCAUUACCACUUUUCUCAGCGUUAUUGAUUAUUUAUAGUAUUGGGGCGGUAAUCGUGUCAUCUAUACUCAACAAAAUAAAGAAGGAAUAG